AUGUGUAAUAAGAAGGGUGAUGCGGACGAUAGCUCAGCCUCACCAGAUGAUCCUAAGCAACAAAAGACCCCUCCUACCGCUACAAAACCAUCAAAAUACAAGAGAAUUCUGUCGGUGCGUUCGUCUCCGGCGCAAAAUUUGCGGAACGCUCUGGAAGCUUUGGAUGAGAUGAUUGAGGAGGCAGAUCGCAAGGUCGUGAAGAAGUACAGACCCAAUAUGUUUGCAGAGUUCAAGCAACUUAACGACACGGAAGGUAAGGUACUGGAAGGUACGGAGACGCUUAUUCAAGUGGACAAAGCCAAGAGUGUCCCGUCAUUGAAGGUGAACACUUUGGAAGGCAAGCAGAUGGACAUGCAGAAUGUUGUAAUGAAUGGAAAAGUCACGCUUGUGCUUACGUCCUUCAAGAAUUUCGGCCUGAAUAUGCUGCCAGCUUGGCGAGAUGGGUUUGUGGCUGCUAUGAGUGACACGAAGGGCAAAGUGGACACUCGUGUACAGACGGUGACGCUCAAUGUGAUUGAGGAAUGGUACAUGAAAAUUGUGAGUAGGAGCAUCACGAAAGGGUUACAGGAGAAGAUCCCCAAGGAGUUACACGCCAUGACAUUUGCUCAUUUCGGACGUUGCGAUGAAUUUCGAACGCCUAUGGCUUUGGACAAUAGUUUUGUGGGUUAUGCGCACCUUGUGGACACAAAAGGACGUAUUCGAUGGAUUGCUGGAGGACCUGCGACGCCAAAGGAGUUGGAGAGGUUAAUGAACGUGACGAAGCAAUUGUUAGCACAAAGCUCACCGACUCGUCGUCGAUAA